CACUGAUGGUGCUCUAAGAAAUGUAUGUCAAAGGCUGAUGGUGCUCGUCCUUUUUUUGUGAAUGAAUGAGUCAAAGGGACAGUGGUGUAGUACUGUAGUGGAGUUGCCUUGAUCCAAAAUGAUGGAGCUGGCUCUGCUACAACGACCAAUAUCUCUACCCCCAGCAGCGGCGCCACCGCCGCAGUCACUAGAUUGCAAUUGCAUCUGUACUUCUGUUCGUUACACACACUCCUUCAGCAAUUCUCGUCUCCAGUUCAGCCCAAAAACUUCUAAUUCUAACCGAGCAACCUCCCUCAAAUUUCGCUCGACUGCUUUUCUCCAAAAAUAUCUAAAGCCGGCGGGCUUGCUGAAUAACCUAGCGGAAGAUGAAGCAGAAAAUGAUUUUCAUAACGAACGAAGAUCAACAUCGGAUAUAAGCUAUGUAGAAGAAGAGGAGGAUGGCGCCGGUAUUCUUUUGUCUCUGACGGAGAAGCCGGACCGCAAUAUAGCAUUGCUGGAUGAGAAUGAGCUCGAAGAGCUUGACUCUGCUUCGGAUAAUCCAAAUCACAGAAGCGGAUUUGUUGUUGUCCUUGGGAAGCCUAAUGUUGGAAAAAGUACGCUUUCAAACCAGAUGGUUGGGCAGAAGCUCUCUAUUGUUACAGAUAAGCCUCAAACUACAAGGCAUCAUAUUCUUGGUAUUUGUUCUGGUCCUGAGUAUCAGAUGAUACUAUAUGAUACUCCUGGUGUUAUAGAGAAUAAAAUGCAUAAAUUAGAUUCAAUGAUGAUGAAUAAUGUCCGCAAUGCUGCUGUCGGUGCAGAUUGUGCUCUUGUUGUUGUGGAUGCCUGUAAACCUCCUGAAAAGAUAGAUGAAGUACUUUACGAGGGUGUUGGAGGUCUACAAGAUAGAUUACCGAUAUUGCUUGUUUUGAAUAAGAAGGACCUGAUCAAACCCGGCGAAAUUAGACAGAAACUUAAGUGGUAUGAAAAAUUUACUGGUGCUGAUGAUGUCAUUCCUGUCAGUGCCAAAUAUGGGCAUGGCUUGGAAGAUGUUAAAGAUUGGAUACUCUCAAAGCUUCCUCUUGGACCACCUUAUUAUCCCAAGGGCAUUGCUAGUGAGCACCCAGAGAGAUUUUUUGUUGCUGAAAUUGUUAGAGAAAAGAUCUUUAUGCAAUGUAGACAUGAAGUUCCAUAUGCAUGCCAGGUUAAUGUAGUUAGCUACAAAAGUAGACCAGAUGCAAAAGAUUUCAUACAUGUUGAAGUUAUAGUGGAGAGGAACUCUCAAAAAGCCAUCCUCAUUGGGAAGGAAGGACAGACCCUGAAGCUUAUUGCAACAGCUGCACGGCUAGAUAUAGAAGAUUUCUUGCAAAAGAAAGUUUUUCUCCAGGUAGAGGUGAAGGUUCAAAACAAUUGGAGGCAAAAUGAAGGUCUUCUGAAGCGCUAUGGAUAUGGUGGACAGAUUCAAGCCUUGUGAUUGGAUAUUCUGCUUUGGAAAUGAUAUGGACAGAGUGAACUUUGAUGCUCUGAAGGCCUGCUAGUACAAAUGGGUGAUGGAUGCUUGGAGUUCCCUAUGUUGCACACCAUUUUGCCCACUAAAGGUAAAUAUGGAUACGUAUAUCUGUGCGGGGCACAUAUGCCUUUAUGGUUAAAGUAGUGUGGAACUUGGGGUACCCCAAACUUCAUUGAGUACAAAUAGAAUCAAACACGGAGUUGGAAAGAGGGCUCUUGCAAGAAGCAUUCAUCGUAUGAAUAAUGGCAGCUGCUGUGGCACUAUUGCAUUUCUUGCUUGAGAGUUCCCAUGCCGGGUGGGGGCAUGGGAAGCUCCUACUGCUCAUGAGAUUUAUGAUGGUUGGACGUGUAUUCUUCACAAGUGAUGGUUAUAUGUAUAUUCUUGCAUCCGGUACUUCUCUCCUCGGUAAUGUGAAUACCGAUUGUUAAAAAUAUACUUAAUAUUUAUUU